CACAGUUCGCGGGGUUGGCCUCGCAUAUACAUUGUCGUGACAGACCCUCGAGGCCUCAAUGGUCCCCAACCAUCAUCAUGGCUUCUCACAGUCGGCAAGAUCGCGCGCUGAUGCGGCAGCGUGGUGCUGGAUCGCGCGCCGUCGCAACCGCUGAUUUUGGCAUCAAUUUUGGUAUGGGGGACAGUAGGCUGGAGCGUCAACAAAUGCGACAGAGGGGCGCUGGGUACGCGAUCUCUCCCACUGAAUUCAACAUCUCUGACGUCCCUUGCUUAGGUCUCGCAAGAUUGACAAUGUGGACUUUGGCAUUUCCUUUCCGACCCCAGCGCAGCGCUCCCGCAGCAAGACACCACAGUCUCGAAGGUCUAAUUCGCGCCAGCCGUCAAAUACACCAGCCAGGCGAAGCCGAGAACCGACGUCCGCACGAUCGGCCGGACGAAAUUCCAGCGCACUGAAGUCGGCUCAACCUCCAGCGCCUGCAUCUGAAGUAGAGUCGCUACAACCGAACGACGGGCACACACCAGCAAGUACUCGAUCUAGCAAAAGAAGGAAAAUAUCUCCAAGUAUUGUUACGCCAACUCCACAACCACCAGCAGAUACAACUAGAGCAAUCCCCACAAGCCGAGCUUCGCUGAGGAGAAAUUCGACCCGGAUGUUCGCAAUUGCCGAAGACGAUGAUGCCGGAGCGCAUCCCUCCCUCAGUCAUGCCGGAGAACCCUCUCACACAUCUCCCUUGUUCAUCCCGCAGGGGGAGCAGGAGAAGGAGAAUGAGACGCCCAACACCAUAGGAUCAAAGACAAACCCCGUGGAGUCGGAUUUACAGACUACAAAGAGCGGACGAAUUCUGCUUGCACCACUUGUCUUGGAUGAAGAUGUCUCUGAAUCUGCUUUAGAAGCCCCCGAAAUAGAGGGUGAAGGGACGCUUCAACGGAUGAUAAUGAACGAUACAUUACCAGAUUCAGAUGUGCCCAGUUCUUCUAAACAGCGAAAGCGGAGAAAACGAAGAUCCCUCACCUUCGAGCGCAGAAAACGUCAUUCGUCGAAUCAGAGUCAGCCUUUGAACGCCUCAAAGGAGGACUCGCCAGCUGCCGUUCCUUCUCGAGUCCCGUCCGAGGAACUCCCAUCACCCGCGGCUAAGCCUUUAGCAAACCGAAUCGCCAAGUACAGCAAACUUGCGAAAACAAGGAAUAUGAGAGCAAUUACUCCUGUCUCCGACCGAGAGCAAACCCCUAAUCAAGGAGAGGAGGAAGAUGACUCGUACGUUGAACAGAGCUCUCCUGAAGUGCAGACGCCGGCUGCAAAUAGGAAGGGCAAGAGAAAGACUCGCCAACAAACUUUCCGAGAUGGGUCGGCCGAAGUUUCGAAGAGCAACAAGGGCAGACCUACCUUCCCUAUUCUCACUCACCGACUGGCAAGUGUCUCGACAUUGCCGACCAUCCACGAAGAUAGUGAAGCCCAAAUGGCGGAUGUACUCCCUGAUAUUACAACCGACCGAGCUCAGCCCAACGUGGUGGACGUGCUAGCCCAGAUCUGUCGCGAAACCAUCACAAACGCGAUUGACCGCAUCGCCGACACUCUACAGUCCAAGAAACGAACAUCAGUCAAUAACAAACGGAACGCCCUCGAAGCAUUCGGCCAAGACCUCGAUGAGGAGUUAUUCGCGAUGUCUGAGGCUGUGGAGAACCGCAUCAACCUGGAAGCCCGUGUUCGGAAGACUAAGCGGGAGAAAGCAGCUCUGCAAACGGAAUAUAUCGAGUUAAGGAAGGAACGUGAACAGGUUGCACUGAAGUGUGACGCGCUCAGACGCCGUCAUUGGCAGUGCGAAGAGUCUACGAGAGAGAAAUGGGCGCUCAGUGAGGCGGCUCGGCGCGUGGAGCAGGAGAUGGACCGAAAUUCAGGCGCCGAUGACGAAAGUAUCGAGUUCCUUAUACGGAGCGUGACGCCGGCGGUCAGCAGUGCAUCGGGACACGGUAUCUUGGACAAAGUCAGGUCAUUCAAUGCUCAGUUGGAAAACAUGGCAUUGAUUUUGGAAGGAGGCAAUGCUUGAUGUUUGUUGUUCUAUGGAUGAUUCACGAGGUUCAAAAUCUGAGACGAUUGAUGGCUCUUCAGGGUUAUGCUUCUGGCAGAUAUGUGGUUUGAUACCCGGCUAGUAACUGGAGCUCAUGCUCGUGAGGGCAAUGAGUUGGAUAUACAAAGCCCUUAUGAGAUGUUGAAAGGAUGGCAACAGAGUCCUCCACGAAACUAAAGAAUAAAUCUACACUGCCUCCUUGGUC